CCCUUUCCGUGCAAGCAUCAUGUCUGGUGUUCUCAAAUCGGUGGAUUACGAAGUGUUCGGCCACGUGCAGGGUGUGUGUUUCAGAAUGGUAAGACAACGCGAAGUACACCAGUUUUGCAUCGCUACUGUUUAAUAUUUUGGCAAUGGAAAUAAAGCAUGUGACCUGUGUAGCACCCCCCAAGAGUCUGCAUUGCCAAGUUUUUGAUGCUUAGCUGCUCAGUUAAGUAUUACAUGUAUGUGGUGUGUGUCGUAAACUUGGAGAGCCUUUUUACAAUGCAGUAGAUCCCUGAUUUUAUGAACACUAGCUGCAUGAAUGACUAAACCUAGGAGCAUUCUUAUCCAGCCAGCAAACGAAAAAACCCACCAAGGUGCUAUGUGUGUGAACUAAAGCAUUGUAGAAAGUUUGCAUGGACUUGAGGUUUGGGCACACUGAUCUUCCCGUAUUCCAUCCUUGAGAACAUAACAGCAUGGAAAGACUGCGUAUGGGCAACACACCAUUUUUCACAAUGACCAAGAAACGCAAGCGAACUGUGCUCACGUUCCAAAGCAAAAUAGAAAUUGUCGAAAGGUUGGAAAAAGGCGAGACAGCAACCGUGCUGGCAGAGGAAUUUGGAAUUGGGAAAUCGACCAUUUCUCAGCUGAAGAAAAACAAAGACAACCUCUUGCAUUUUGUCUCAACCAUGGGCAGUGAAAACGGGAAGAAGAAACGGAAAACAAUGAAAUGUGCAAAGAACUCGAUGUUAGAGGAUGCUCUCUAUGCCUGGUUUUCCCACAUGAGAAGUCUUGGCGAGCCAGUCUCAGGCCCACUUCUGUGUGAAAAGGCCUUAGAAAUGAACAGGAAACUGAAUGGUAACCCUGACUUCAAGGCCAGUUCAGGGUGGCUGGCGAGAUUCAAAUCGCGCCAUGGGAUUCACCAUCUUGGCAUUCAUCAGGAGAAACUCUCUGUUGAUCCGUCAGCUGCUCAGUGCUUAAAGCAGGAGUUUGCAAAUUUCAAAACAGAGGAGGACUCUGAUCCUGAGAGUAUUUACAACACCGUAGUCGUCCCCGGUCCAUCCCAUUCGGAAGCUUACAAUGCGUUAGAGAUUGCUCUGCAGUGGCUGGAAGAUCAAAAAGAAAGUGACGUUGUGCAACUCCUCUUCCUGAAAAGCCUGAGAGAUUUGGCGGCACAGAAAAUAGCUAGUUCUCUCAAAUCAAAAUAAGACUCAUACAAAUAAAAUACUAAGACAGCUUAC